ACGUGACGAACUUGACGUUACGUUUGAGGCAGAAUGACAGCUGAGUGUGUUGUAAAGGUGCAGCAGUGCGGUCCAUAACGCCACCGACAAUUAUCCGCGCAGCCUAAAAACAAGGACCGACAACAUCUAAGCCUCUCACGCUCCUUGUCGGUCUCCCCCGGACGCUUCAGGGUGAGACAGGAGACAGCAGCCGUCAUUUCUAUCCUCUUUCUUUGCCGUCAGACAGAGAGAGAGAGAGAGAGAGAGAGAGAGAGAGAGAGCGAAGGGGGAAAAGAUCCGGAUGUAACAGCAGAAUUGGUCUUUUUUCGCAUGGCGUAGACACCUUUCCUUCAGCGGAGUAUUGUUGAUGAUUGGAGGGUCGAAGGAGGCCCUCGGGUCGACAGCUAACACCACUAAAAAUAUCCUCAAACCGACAGACACCUAUAGUGGGAUUAAUUAACGAAAUGAUUGUGCAGUCCUAUUGAGGAAGAAGGCUUUUAAAAAAUAUAUUUUUUCUUGACUACCUCAGUUUUGUGACUGGAGAGAGAAAGAAAGAGCAGAAGUCAGCAGGAAUAAUACAUUGGGUGUCUGUCUCCUGCCACAAACCCCACUGAGGACGCGUUUCUUCUCCAAGACCGAGGAAAAGAAGGGGACAUUUGCUGUGUGAGAUCGGGGGUGUAUGAACGUGUGAUCACCAGAAAACCUUCAGGAUGUCGGGCAGCACCUCAGCGGACAUGAUAAAUCUGCGGCUUAUUCUGGUCAGUGGGAAGACGAAAGAGUUCCUGUUCUCUCCCAACGACUCAGCUGCAGACAUUGCCAAACAUGUUUAUGACGACUGGCCAAUGGACUGGGAGGUGGAGCAGGUCAGCAGUCCAAACAUCCUGAGGCUGAUCUACCAGGGACGCUUUCUACACGGCAACGUUACACUAGGAGCUCUCAAGCUGCCCCUGGGGAAGACCACAGUGAUGCAUUUAGUUGCCAGAGAGACUUUGCCUGAGCCAAAUUCCCAAGGUCAAAGGAAUAGAGAGAAGACCGGGGAAAGUAACUGCUGCGUCAUUCUGUAAAUACACACCUGUGCUGUAGCCCUCCGUUCUUCUAGUCCGUUCAUGCCAUCAAUGUCCUGGACCCGAUGAGCUUGUCCUAAGUCUUGGAGCCUGUCUGCCACCCGGAUGCACACCUCUCCUUCCCCGGACCUUGCCACCACUCACCCCUUCAUGCACACAUUUACACGUUUAGUAGAAUGACAGCAGGCUCAGGCUAUAACCGAGACAGUUGGGUAGCAGGAAGUUGAUUAACAAUAGAGUUGAUUCCUAUGCUGUACUUGAUUUGUUAUUAUAUCGUAAAAGUAGAGGAAGGAAUUAGAUUUGCAUGUGUUUUUUUUUGUUUUUUUUUUCUUCUUUCCUAAGCCUUCUGCCAUACCCCGUCACACGUCUUCUCGCCAUCUUCGGCUGGUCUGUGGAUUUGGUUUCCGGCAGACUCUUCAUCCUAGCUGCUUCCCGUUGCAACACAGUGGCCAAGUUUUGUGUGUGUGUGGCCUUGUUAUCUCAUACAGACCGCCUGACAGUUUUAACCACUAAGCUCAUGAAAACCUCAAUGUGACGCUGGGUGUAAAACCCUGUUUGUUUGUGUGAAAGCACCUCAGUGCAGCAGCUGACGAAGCGUUAAACGUGCCUGAUCAGAGAACUCAAACUGGGACUCACUCACUCACUCACUCACUCACUCACUCACUCACUCACUCACUCACUCACUCACUCACUCACUCACUCACUCAAACUAACAGUAUGAACACAUGUGCCCUUUAAGGUGGCAGGACAGAAAUCACAAACUUGUACAGAAAUAAUCCUGUUUUAGACAAAUAAAGCCUAGCAAGCAAACAAAUAUACAACCAACCAGAGCUGGUGGUCUCUUGUCUUUGGAGACUGGGUUCUGACAGUCCAUGUGUAUUACUGACCAACUAAACUGGUGAUUUAAUAAAGCAUUAUGUGAAUUUUUUCCCCUCUCCUGCAACAUCACAAUCUCAUCACUUUUCUAUCAGUGUUGUGAAGGGUCUCUCUGAGAUGUGACCUUAAGUUUGGAAAAUGAAAAUGCUCUCCCUCCUUGUCUUAAUUCUCUCUUCUUCUCCUUCAGCAUUAAUAGGUCUAUUUUGCACAACAGAAGCAUGUGCUCUUUUAUCAGAUUAAUGCAAAUGUAUGAAAUGGUUUUAUUUUAUGUUUCCAAUGGAAGUAAUGUUCCAAACUAAGGUUAACAUGUGUAGAAUAUAUUUAAUAUGAAUCUUUAUCUAGAUCAUGGAGAUUUUAGAUCUUGGUGAUACCAUUAUAUUGGUGUUUAGUCUAUGAUUGUGUAUACGGUUAUCUUCUAGCCAGUUCACAGGCACUCACUGAUGUCUUUGUGUUUAACAGCAGCAAAUUCUCCCUAACCGUUCAUGGACUGAAGGGUUUUUAUUCUUUUUUCUUCUGUCCAGCUUUGUUCAUUUGUGUAUAAUUUAAUGUAAUCAUUUUUUGUGGUUUUUUGCUUUAAAAGAAUUGCUUUGUAACAGCACUAGGUCUUAAAAAAUAUUGUUUAUAUUGGUCAGGGUUCAAAUCUGUACAGAGAAAAAAAAUGUUUUAAAACCAAUUGUAAAUAGCAUUAAUGCUCCUCUCUACCCACCCCUCUAAAUCUUCAAAAUGGAAUACAUCUGUAAACUAAAUAAAGGUUAUUGAAGUGUA